AUGUCUGUGACUCGAAAACCUCCAGUCGAAGAUCAUGCUCCUGACAAUGACAAGGGAUCAACGUCCCUUGGAGCUUCAUCUUGGCCAGAGAACCCAUGGGCAGACGUCGAGCAAAUCACCACACGGCCAAAAUGGGGCCCUACAUUCGUCGACUAUUGCAGCAAGCCAGGCCAAUUCUGGCCGAAUGGACAAGAGCCUCCCUUCAAAGGUCAGAAAGCCGUGAAGCGUAUCUUCGUCACCAAAGGCAAAAUGCAACCGCGCAAAGAGAUCACCCAAAAAUUACGAAAGAAAUCAAAGAGCUGA